AUCUUCCAUUUAUAUAUGUUCUGAGCCAGCACUCAUCACUUUUUCUGACAAAUGAAGGUUAAUCUCCAAUAACCUUUGCUAAUUACGAGUGCGCGAAAUAGAAAAGUUAUUUUGAGGUACUUAUAAUUGCAAAUUAUUUUACCACGUUAUCUGAUAUAUCGUCUUUUGCAACAUAAAACGAAUAACACUGCGACGAUGUCAACAACGAAGAAACAAAUGACUGAGAAGAAGAAAUUGAAAAAGAUGAGCAAGGAGCAGAUGCAGCUGGCUAUAAUAAAAAAGAAACAGUGUGAUGCGAAAGCUCUUGCAAUAGUUAUGCAGCUUCUGGAAUUGCAUGUGGAUCCUGACUGGCUCCUGCAAAAUCUAGGAUUUAUAAGUAAGAAUCAUAUGGAAGAUGUGAUAGAGGAGAGAGCAUUAGUAAAGUUAUGUGGAUAUGUUCUUUGUCCGAAUCAGUUGACUGUCAUUAUCCGACAACAGUAUCACAUAUCAACGCGUAAGAAUAAAGUGUAUGAUGUCAGCAAACGGAAAAACUUUUGCAGUUCGUUGUGCUUUGGGGCGGCUAAUUUUCUUCUUGAACAAAUGCUUGAGAGUCCGCUCUGGUUGAGAGAGAAAGAGGAUAUACCAGUCUUUCAAAUUUUGCCUGUUAACUCUAAGCCUACGUGUGGAGAGGAAAUUGACGUUGCUGGUGAAAGUAAUUAUGAUAAUAAUAAUAUCCAACAAGUAGAUGUAAAUCUAGAGAAUUUAGAAAUAGAAAUUGCUGGCCAAUCUGGGAAUAUUUUACAUUUGCAUAAACACAAUAGGGAUACAAAAGAUAAAAUUAAUGUAGAUAUAUUUGAUAAUGAAAUAUUGCAGCCUCAAUUGGGCAAAGUAAGUAACAAUGAAGAUGACAUUAGUGAAAGGUUACAGCCUCAAACAUCUCAAUCAGUCGAAAUAAGUAACAAGAAUGAUGAAAAUGAAACGAAAUUAGAACCUCAGAUAGAUGAAGUAAAUAAUAGUCUUACUGAUAAAAAUAUGAAACAAUCCCAUUUGGAUAAAAUGUACAAGAAUAAUACUGUGAUUUCUUCUGCAUCUACGUAUGAUGAAUAUAGGAAAAUAGGAGAGACAAGUAGAAUUAAUAAAAGUAAACAGUACAGGCUGAAAAAAACUGAUAAUGCAGGAGUACAAAAUAAUAUUUAUCUCAAAGUUGCAAUUCAUGUUGAAGAGAGUGUUAAAGAAUGGGUUACAAAAAAUACUCUUUGCCUUCUAAUGGGCGAAGAGAAUGAAAGAAAUCAGUUAUUAGAAAAAUUUACACAGUACGAUAAGUAUCAACAGUUGUGUAAAAAGUUAAACAAAUUGCAAAUGGAAGAUGAAAAGGAAGAGCGUGAUUUUAAGAAAAACGAUCUCAAACCUCUACCCCACUUCUCCGUGCUCCAAGAGGAUGGAAAGAAAAUGGAAUUAAAGGUACGUGCAUUUUACGAAGGUCAAAUGAAGAUUGCACCAUCUGAGGAUAGUAAUGAAGAAUUAGAAAGUAAAGAUAAUGUUGAACCUAUAUUACCAUUAACAGACACUUACACGCCUAAUGCACUUCGUCACCGAAUUUUCUUGGAUAACCUUAAUAAAAUAUUGCCAGAUUUGAUGUGCGCUUUAACAACCAAUACUAAUAUUUCUUCACUAGCACAAUGUACUUAUAAUAACGAAAAAUACUCACUAAUCAAGAUUUUGACAAGUACUUUUAAUUUAUCUGCUACAAAUAUUGUCUUUAAAACCGCUGAAUGGAUACUUGUGGGACUCGUCAUCAUUAAAAUGUUAAGCUUGAUUGAUACACAAUUGCAAUUGUUGCUCCGAUCUAAGCAAGCUUCAAUGUACACGUCUAUGAUUCUGACAACAUAUAAAUUAGAUUCUAAUUAUUUAGAUAGAUUUAUAAUGGAAAUAACAAACAAUGUAGAUGCAUUUAAAUCAAACGAUAACAAUGCUAAAUAA